AUGCAACGUGAACGCGAGAAUCUCGGCUCGCCAUUAAAACUCUCCCACACUAGCCCGAAUCUGCGGGCAAAGGCGAAUGACCUCCUGAGCGAUGGAGUGGAUGAAUUAGGCGACGACACCGAUGAAGACGAAGAAACGCUAGAGCUGAAGUUAGCCGCCAUCGAAGCCCGUCUGAAAUUGAAACAGCUCCAAAGAAACCGUGCGAAAUCCAACGCAUCAGAGUCAGACCCGCAUGGAGUGGGAGAUGCACACUCGCGCCCCGCGUCGGCUGUCGGACUCUCAUCUCGAUGUCAGGAGGCCUCUUCAAGAAUGAAGAGUGCGCGGCGGGAGGCAGGUAGCAGGCUUCCAGCAGCCGAUGAGGUCCAGGUGCCUUUGUCGCCGACGAGACGUCCCGCUGCGCCUCCGCUAGAACCUGUGUCCCCGCGGAGAUAUCUAAUGGGGAUUGAUAAGGGACUGAAGGGCUCCGACGUGUCCCUCAAACGGCCACCCAGCUCGAGGAUCGGAUCGCGACCAACUUCUAGACUGGGAAGCCGAGACGGCUUGGCGGGGCAGUCGCGGUCAUUCGAGGAACCAAAGCGUGUGAAGAGCUUCAGCGAGCGAAUGGCUGAGAGCAGAGCGGUCGAGAAAGUCCAACGAGAGCGCGCAGAGAGAGUUCAGAUCAAUCGGAGCUCCGGUUUCCAAUAUGACAAGGCCGAAAUGGAGUCCUUCAAGGCGGCUGCUGCAGAGGCAAGGGCAAAGUCUCCUUUGAAAUCACCUACCAAGGCUCGACAAGCUGAAAGCUUCAGUCGAGAGGAUGUCCUGCGGUCUUAUAACCUCAAACCUGCAUUAAAAAGAAGCCAGACCGCUCCUACUGUUCGAAAACACGGCGCAGACGAGCAAUCCAGUGAGCCGAGAUCAUACCUUCAUAGGCGGAAUCAUAAGUCAGAGUCGGGGGCAAUGGCGGGCUUACCGAGCAGUUCCCAGGACACCGCUACCGAGGGCAAGGAAGACGAGGCGUUGGAGAAGGCACCGGACGCGUCGAAAUUCGAAGCGUUUUCCUCCCUACAUCUGUCGAACCGCAUCUUACCACACUCCUUCUUGACCCGCACCCUUGCGGACAAGAAAGUCCUUCGGAUACCCGAUUUACUGCGAACGGUCAAGGGACCCAAUUUCGAACUCCCAGAGGAUAUCGAUGGGGACUAUGUGGUGUUUGGUAUCGUGGCCUCGAAAUCAGAGCCCAAACAGAUCAAGGAAACAAAGAAUAUCUCCGCCAAGGAGACAAACGGUUACGAUGAUGGGCUGAACAACACGGACAAAUACAUGGCCAUCACUUUGACUGACCUCAAAUGGACGAUUGACCUUUUCCUUUUCGACACCGCGUUCCCUCGAUACUACCGGAUCUCGGAGGGCAUCCUGGUUGCCAUUCUCAACCCGACGAUCCUCCCACCCCCAAAACACAAAACAGACACGAACAGGUUCAGCCUCUCAUUAAACUCCUCGGACGACACCAUCCUUGAAGUAGGCUAUGCACAAGACAUCGGGUUCUGCAAGGCCGUCAGGAAAGACGGGAAGACCUGCCAGUCAUGGGUUGAUGCUCGGAAGACGGAGUUCUGCGACUUCCACGUCGACAUUCAAGUCCGACGCACGCAGUCCCAGCGCCCCGGGGUCAACAACGGCACGGGAAUGUACGCACCAGGCGGCCGGUCAGGCUCCCGAACCGGCUUCUUCGGCGGCGGAGGCAAGAGGAGCGGAGGCUACAAGACCGGGCUCAGACCCGCAGGGGGCGCCCAGUGGGAUCAGGGAUCGCAGUCUACGUUCUACAUCGCUCCCGCCGUGAAUUCACGCGGAACCCCCUUCCACCAUAUGCCCACCGGCCAGUCGGCCGCCAGUCUUCUGGAUGCCGACAACGACGACCCUUUCAUAGCUGCGGGGAUGAUGGGCCGCGGGUCAGAGAGCAAGGAAGAGCGCGCACGCAGACGCCUCGCGGAACAGAAGCGCGAGCGCGAAAUCACCCAGAAACUCACUUCUUCCCGCGGUGGUGGUGUCGGCGCCGACUAUCUUCGCGCUCGAAGCGCCGAAAACAUGACGCCGCGCGUGGACAGGAGCAAGGCUGGCUCCAGUGAAACCGCCAACACACCGUCCCACAGUCUACUGAUGGGAUUCCGCAAAGCCGAUACGGUGAAGUUAACGCCGAUGAAGCGGGUCCACGACGGGGACAAACCCCACGGCAGCGGCGUGAAGAAGACCCGCUUCAUCACUGCCAAGGGGAUCAAAGAAGCGGGGAGGGACAGUCUCGGGGGGAAGUCUGAUGCUGUGGCGAGCACCAACUACGACGAUGACGAUGACGAGCUAGAUAUCAUCUGA